GGGGGCGGUGGCAUGGGGCGGGGUCGCGCAGGCUCCUCCCGGCCGCGCUGCGAGCCGCCCAUUGGCCCUGAGAGCCGUGACUCGCGGGCGCAGAGCAGGAAGGAAACCGCUCCCGAUCGCGGCGUCGUCUCCAGGCCGUGCAGCCGCCGCUACCGCCGCCCGUCUGCCACUCGAUCUGUCCGUCCACCCUCAGCAUGAGCGGCCUGCGUGUCUACAGCACGUCGGUCACCGGCUCCCGCGAAAUCAAGUCCCAGCAGAGUGAGGUGACCCGCAUCCUAGAUGGAAAACGCAUUCAGUACCAGCUAGUGGACAUCUCCCAGGACAACGCCCUGCGGGAUGAGAUGCGAGCCUUGGCGGGCAACCCCAAGGCCACCCCACCUCAGAUUGUCAACGGGGACCAGUACUGUGGGGACUAUGAGCUCUUCGUGGAGGCUGUGGAACAAAACACACUGCAGGAGUUCCUGAAAUUGGCCUGAGCCAGCCCAGCCCACCGGACUCCAUCAUCACAUUCCCCUUAGCCAUUGCUCAGCCAUGAAGGACCUUGUGACCAACUCCCAGUCACUCCUAAGCCUCUCCCCACAGCCCCAGAUCCUUUUUCCCUUUUCUAAGUGUAGCCACCUUGCCUUUAUUCAGAGUCAAUAUUCCCUACUCAUUAGUCUCAGAAAUUGUCUUAUAAACAGCAACCCAAAUGUUUGCCUCAGCCAGGCCCUGGGGCUGCCACCCUGCCUGGCACUGGCUGAUGGGCAACUUUGUUGAUUCCAUUAGCCAGGGCUCUGCCAAAGGCCCCGCAAUUCCUGUUCUGGGAGCAUCUUAGAGACCAUUAAAUAUCCCAUUCCACUGA